GGCGGAAAUGAACUGUGGGUUGACGCGUGCGCAUUGGGCCGCCAUUACCCCGCCUCUUCUGUCAUAUCUCCCCGCCUCCUUCGCCACCUUUCCGGAAGUGCUGCGGCCCAGUGACCACGAACCGCCACCUCCGGCGGCAGGCCCCGCCCCCGGCCCCGCCCCCUGCACUGGUGUUGGCGCGGGCUGGCAGCCCGGGCCGUGCGGUUUCGGUACCCGAAACCCGGAGCGCUGAGUCGUCCGGCGUGCAGCGGCCAGGCUAUGGUCGCCGGUCCCUCGCGUCCCGCUCGGGUCGACCAGGGCUCCUUGCUCGGCCUGUGUCCAAGUCCGAGCGGUCUCUUCAGCCCGGCCCCGCAGCUCGUUUGGCGGCGGCGGCGCCCCCGGCGCGCCCCCUCCGAUGGCGGCGGAGAUCCAGCCCAAGCCCCUGAUCCGAAAGCCGAUCCUGCUGCAGCGGGUCGAGGGGUCCCAGGAGGUGGUGAACAUGGCGGUGAUCGUGCCCAAGGAGGAGGGCGUCAUCAGCGUUUCGGAGGACAGGACAGUUCGUGUGUGGUUAAAGAGAGACAGUGGACAAUAUUGGCCAAGCAUAUACCAUGCGAUGCCUUCUCCAUGUUCAUGCAUGUCUUUUAACCCGGAAACAAGAAGACUGUCCAUAGGUCUAGACAAUGGUACAAUCUCAGAGUUUAUCCUAUCAGAAGAUUAUAACAAGAUGACUCCUGUGAAAAAUUAUCAAGCACACCAGAGCAGAGUGACGAUGAUCCUGUUUGUCCUGGAGCUGGAGUGGGUGCUGAGCACGGGACAGGACAAGCAGUUUGCCUGGCACUGCUCGGAGAGUGGGCAGCGGCUGGGUGGUUACCGCACCAGCGCCGUGGCCUCGGGCCUGCAAUUUGAUGUUGAAACUCGACAUGUGUUUAUUGGUGACCACUCAGGCCAAGUAACCAUCCUCAAACUGGAGCAAGAAAACUGCACCCUGGUUACAACGUUCAGAGGACACACAGGUGGGGUGACUGCUCUCUGCUGGGACCCCAUCCAGCGAGUGUUAUUCUCCGGCAGCUCAGAUCACUCUGUUAUCAUGUGGGACAUCGGUGGGAGAAAAGGAACAGCCAUCGAGCUCCAAGGACACAAUGACAAAGUCCAGGCCCUCUCCUAUGCACAGCACACUCGGCAGCUCAUCUCAUGCGGUGGUGACGGUGGGAUUGUCAUCUGGAACAUGGAUGUAGAGAGGCAGGAGACCCCUGAAUGGUUGGAUAGCGAUUCCUGCCAAAAGUGUGAUCAGCCCUUUUUCUGGAACUUCAAGCAAAUGUGGGACAGUAAGAAAAUUGGCUUAAGACAGCACCACUGCCGCAAGUGUGGGAAAGCCGUCUGUGGCAAGUGCAGCUCCAAGCGUUCCUCCAUCCCUCUGAUGGGCUUCGAGUUUGCAGUGAGGGUCUGUGACAGCUGCCAUGAGGCCAUCACGGAUGAAGAGCGAGCGCCUACGGCCACCUUCCAUGACAGCAAGCACAACAUUGUGCACGUGCAUUUCGACGCAACGAGAGGGUGGUUACUGACUUCAGGGACUGACAAGGUCAUUAAGUUGUGGGAUAUGACCCCAGUCGUGUCUUGAUAAUACUCCCAGGCAUCAGAACGACAGUACUGACUCAAGAAACGGUUGUUCUGAUCCAAAUCAUACUGGCGCUGUGAAGCAGAUGUGUGAGAAGAACCCACCUGAGUUCACUUAUUACCCAUGCACACGGUGGUGAGCUGGUGAAUGAUCACUCACGGGGGACACUUUCAACCUGUUCAUACAAUACACAAGAAGAUAUUUUUUUAACAAACUGUUUAUACAGUCUGACUGUGCUGUGUUGUUCUGAGUAUACUGAAAACUCUGUGGGGUGUUUAAUUCUCGCCUCUUUCAGCAUUCCUUUUAGUUGCUUUGUGUGUCCGAGAAGAAUGGUUCAGGUCAUUGCAGUGAUUAUGGACUAGCUCUCAUUACUUCGGCAGGAAUCAUGUGGUCAGCACCUUUUCCCCCUCUGCCUAGCCCUCACUUUCAACUGCUGCUUACCACCAAAGUGCAUGUAGUCACACUGUGUAGCAGUUCUGCUUUCAUAGAAAUCCCCUUCCACUGAGGGAUUCAGAGAAACAUUCCUGUGAACUUAACCUUCUGGCUUCUUGAAUCACCUGAAGAAUGAUUUGUUUGCCUCAUUGGUGUUCUUGCUGAGACGAUCUUUGUGUUUCAUGUCAUUGUCUUUUCCAUAGUAGAAAAAAAAAAAAGAGAGAGAGAGAGAAAAGAAAAGAAAGAAAGAAAAGAAAAAAAAAUGCUGUGGGGACACUGUUCAGCCAUUGUCAUCACAGAAAUAGAUUGUUAUAACUCAGAGCUUCAACCCUCAGUGCCUGGAUCAUUUCUUAAUCAGUUGGAGCCUUCUGAGCCUUUAAUGGUUAGUGUUGUGGGGAUUUUUUGUUUUGUUUUGUUUGAUUUUUGUUGUUUGUUGUUUUUUUUAACACAGCUCUCCUCCAUGCAUAGUAUUAAAACAAAAAUGCUGUCCUUCAAAAAAGUCUUUCAGAUAUGUUUUUCCAUAUGACUCAUCUCUGAACUUGAACGUAUUCAUUACUGAGAUUAUAUGCUGCUAUUCUCCUCACAUCUAUGUUUUCCUCCCCUCCAACAACUAGAUAUUAAAGAUUUUAUCUAAUGUGUUUUAUCAGAAUGCUUUGCACACUUUCAUAUAAAACUGUGUCAGCCGAGACAGAAGGUACUGAGCUCAUGCUUUGUUCUUGUUGUGAGUGUAAAAAGAAGAAUGAGCCUGAAGAUCUCCAGUUUUGAGGGAAUCCAAUAAAACUUGAUAAAGGGAUAUGGAAGUACUUUUGAAAACUCUUGCUUUCCCCUAUAAAAGUAGAAUUAAAAGAGCAGCAUGCGUGUCUUCCAUACCUGGCCCCCCCCCCCAGUACUUCCUGGGAACAACACCUCAUCAGCCCUCACCUGUCAGGAGCACUAGGGGAUCAGUAGUCUCUUGGGAAUCUCCAGAUUAAAUAAAGCCCUGCAGAUAAACAGGCCAAUUACUUGCCAUUCCCUCUUCAAACCCUACCUCUACAGUGUCUUUUUUCACUUCUGGAUUGACACUUGGUGGUAGUAUUUGAAAUCCUUCUCUGCAAGAACCAGUGUAAGGAUCCCAGUUUGAGCCCCCGGCUCCCCACCUGCGGGGGAGUCUCUUCAUAGGCGGUGAAGCAGGUUUGCACGUGUGUGUCUUUCUUUCCCCCGUCUUCCCCUCCUCUCUCCAUUUCUCUCUGUCCUGUCCAACAACAACAAUAAUAACCACAACAAGGCUACAACAACAAGGGCAACAACAAAAAAAGAAAUCCUUCUCUUACCCUCUCUUUCCCUAGAAAGUAGUUCUUUCUUUCAUGAUCACAAAUCUCUUUCUAACCAGGAGAAGUCCCACCAGCCAUUUUUAAAUACACUGACCAGCAUGCUUCCUGGGGGUAGGAAGCACCCCCAUUCCUAGAGAUGAUCCAGCUGCAGCGUGGGAAGGUAGCCAGGGUACAUAGUGGUCAUCAGCUGACCACGUGGCCAUGUGACCUCUGGUCAUUUGCACACACAGAAGUAAUUACCCCUACUUCUUCCCCACUGCCCUUGCUUGCCAUCAGUCAAAACUGUUAUAACUAGCCUGAUUUGUUUUUGCAUGAUUGCUCUGUGAGAAAGCUGUAAAGAGGGAAUAAAAUUUAGAUUAGUCAAAUACUUAUUUUGUAUUCAGUCAUUAAUUACUAGAACCUGCAACCACUAAGUUGCACAUAUAAAGAGAGCUGUGUGUUGAAAUGAGUAAUAGAAAUGAACCACUGGUUUCCCUCCCUGAACUUUGGCGCUUGGCUGGUAUGUAGAGAUUUGGGGAAGCAAUAGGUCAGGUACCCAGUGAGCCUGGCUUGGACUCUUGAGUUAGGGACUUGACCUCAGACCCCAUUCAGAUAGUGGAUUGUCCCCAUUGGAGUGAUCAUGUGGGUUCACUGUGGUCGCUCUGGUCUGUGGCCCUGCACUUCAUUGUGGCCACUUCACCCCAGCCCACAAAGCUACGCAGAAGUUGAAAUCACUUGGCCAUUGCUGAUGAGUGUCAUGAUCAAAACCCAGGGUGUCUUGUCUGUUGUUCUGCCCUUUUCUUUAUCCUCUUCUGUGUGGAUGCAUGCUUGAAUUUGGUGAGACGUGCUCAGCAAACCAACCCUGUGUGUUUGUAAUGCUGUGAAUUCUGGAUUUUAUACUACAUGUCUCCACCAAUUUUGUAACUCAUAGGGUGCUGUGGUGCUGGUUGCCUGCCAAGCAUUUUAUGGAAUGGAAGCUUCAUUAAGAGUGAAAGCUGGCAGCAGCACUUGACUUUUUGUUCUGUCUAGGUUAACUAUCCUAUCACUUGCUUUUUCCCCUUGGAUUUUUACUUUAUGUGUUUUAGUUCCGUUAUUUCAACAUACAGGAGCUCUGGAAAGCGAUGCCUAACAUAGCUGUGCUGCACAUAGUUGUACUUGGUUUCUCCAAAGGAAAUGAUGUUUCUGGAAACUUUAACUACCUGGGUAUGUCUCCACUGUAGCAAAUAUGGUUUUCAAUUAACUACUUGGAAUCAUGCAUCUUUUUUAUAUAAAGUCAAUUCAUUGUGUUGUGUUUCUCAUUUGAUUGAGUUAUUCAGAGAAUCACAAAAUCACAAAAUCAGAAGGGAUCUUCAGAGGCCUAGUAUAUUCCAAGCACAGAACACUUGAGUCAUACCAGGCAGUUAGAUACAGCUGAGAUGUAAACAAGUAAAUCUAAAAGAAGAAUUUUCAAGGAGCAAAUGUUUCUGAACAUUAACUGGUAAUGGCAUGAGUGGGAGGAGUGACUUCCAGAGCCUCUGAGACAGGAAGCUUUUAGGAGCCCGGCUUGUUCCUCUUAUCACAGGAGAAUGUGACACUCUUUCGGCCCAGCCCUGUGGUGGUGAGUAGGUGGGUACUGUGCAGUGAGGCAAUUAUUGCAGGUAAACUCCAUCCCAUACUCUUCACAGACCACCCCUCUGGCAGAAGGAAAGUAGAAACCCAUGGGUUUGAACAACUUACCUGGCUUAAGGCUGAUCUUGAUGAGUCUGGGCCAAAACACAUGUUUCUCAUGUUAAACUACACCUUUUCAUAUUUGGAGAUAUAUUUUAAAGAGCACAAUUUAGUUCUGCUUAUCCUGAACUUUUUCCCUUUUUUAAAGAUUUUAUUUAUUUACUAAUGAGAAAGAUAGGAGGAGAGAGAAAGAACCAGACAUCACUCUGCACAUGCACUGCGGGGAUCAAACUCAGGACCUCAUGCUUGAGAGUCCAAAGCCCUAUCACUGCACCACCUCUCGGACCACUCAUGAAUCAUUUUCUUUCUUCCUUUCUUCCUUUCUUCCUUUCUUCCUUUCUUCCUUUCUUUCUUUCUUUCUUCCUUCCUUCCUUCCUUCCUUCCUUCCUUCCUCCCUCCCUUCCUUCCUUUCUUUCUUUCUUUCUUUCUUUCUUCCCCCUACCCCCAGAGCACUGCUCACCUCUGACUUAUAGUGGUAUAGGGGAUUGAACCUGGGACUUUGGAGCCUUAGGCAUGCGAGUCUCUCUCUUUGCAUAACCACUAUGCUAUCUAUCCCUGCCCAUGAAUCAUUUUUAACAUCUCAAUUUUAACUCUUUCUUUUCUUUUUACUGAAUAGGACAGAAAGAAAUUGAGAAGGGUGGGGGAGGUAGGGAGAAAGACAGACACCUACAAACCUGAUUCACUGCUCAUGAAGCAUCCUCCUUGCAGGUGGGAGCUAGUACUCGAACCUGGCACAUAGUAGUAUGUGCCACUGCCUGGCCCCCUAAAUUUUGACUUUCAAGCAAAAGUAUACAUCAGAGUUACUCAACAUAAAUAUUCUUUUUUUUUUUUUUUUGCCUCUAGGGUUAUUGCUGGGGCUUGGUGCCUGUACUAUAAAUCUACUGCUCCUAGAGGCCAAUUUUUCCCAUUUUGUUACCCCUGUUGUUGCCAUUAUUAUUGUUGUCACAACUGUUGUUGUUGUUGGAUAGGAAAGAGAGAAAUCCAGAAAGGGGAAGAGAAAGACAGACACCUAAAGAUCUGCUUCACCACCCGUGAAGCAACCCUCCUGCAGGUGGUGAGCCAGGGGCUCGAACUGGGAUCCUUACUCUGGUCUUUGUGCUUUGUACCAUGUGCGCUUAACCAGCUGUGCUACAGCCUGACCCCUGACAUAAAUAUUCUUUAAAUAAGAUUCCUCUGGUUUUGCCUUUUCAUAGUAAUUGUAUGUAAAUGGACGUAUGCACUAGGAUUUGUAUUUUUAAAGUGAAAGAAAGCAUCUUGCCAAAUCAUUUUUGUUUUUUCUCCUUUAAGAUCUUAAGUUACAUUUUUCCUGAUGUGGAAGUAAAUGCCUAGCAACUAGAUUAGAAAAACAUGGAACUUGAGCCCAUUUUGAAUGCUGGCUUUUGUAGAUGAGCCUUGAGAGUCUAGUCCAGUUAAACUAUUUAUUGAGUGCCUGCCAUGUACCAGGCUUUGAACUAGACCCUGGGAGGUGAGGCCCAUUCAGGACUGUGGGGUCCCACUAAGGAGUUGUCUGGGGUUUCUCCAGCCCAGCAGGAGAGAGUGCAGGGGCUUCAUAAGAAAGGAUUUACAAGCUGGGUGUUACAGGAUGAGGAAAUGGCUUUCCAGGCUGCAGGAACAACAUACAGAAAGGCCCAGUGUCUGGCCUAGGCCUGGUGCUUGGGGACUGCCAGUGAUUCCAGUGGCCCCAGCCUUUGCAGCUGUUGGGUGGGGGGAGCUUGGUCACAGAGAGAGAAGUAGCACAUAGCGUACCCUAGAGUUUGCUCAGAAGUCGUCAGCCUCAGAGUCUUUUCCUGCAGCUGAGGUUAAUAUCAAGGUUUUUUUGUUUUGUUUUGUUUUGUUUUUGUUUUUCCUUUAGAGAGGCCAAGAAUUCUAGAGAGGCUUAUAGUAAAUAGGGUUUCCACUUUUGGGGGUGCAUGGCCCCUCAUGGGGGAGCAUGAGGUAGGGCUACAGAUUGUCACAUGCAUGGGUUGUCAUGCGGAUGUCUUGACUCCACAUAUGGAUCAGGUUCAACUGUUUCUCUCUAGGAGGAGGUUUAUUUUGCCCUUACACAUCCUUCCCACCAAAAGGCCUAUUGAGACCCAAAAAAAUACAAAAGGAGUGUCAGAAACUCCAAAAUUGGAAUGGGGCCCUUUCUUUGUGUUUCCCAAUGCCAAAGAAGAUUGGAAUAAAUGUAGUACAUAGUAGCCCCUUGUCAGGGGCAUGGUAAGAAGACUCGGACCUUGAAUAGUGGGUGAGGAGAAUGAACAUUCUUUGGUUCCCUUCCAAUCCUGUGAUCUUGUGAUUCUAUGAAUGUUAUUUGUGAUUGGGGCAGCCUACACCAUUACUAAUGUCUGACCAUGAACAUUACCUGAUCCAUGCAUGGCUGACUUUAUUUCAGUAACUGGAGCAUAUCUCAGUGCCCUUGUGUCCUAUCAUAACAAGUAAAUUGCUUGCUACAUUUUCCGAUCUAGCACCCAGUAGGUCUGAAAAAGAUGAUCAGGCAGGCGUAAGUUAAUCAUGGUACCAUCUCAUCAAACAUAGAUACCUCAAGAUGUUCACCCAUACUAAUUCAAAAGUGUAGCUAACUUUGUUGGGUAAAAAGGAGUCAGGGAAUUAAUUGCAGGUGUGCUUAAAGGUUGGUGUUUAUGAUUCUCUUUAUUUGUAUUUUUGGGGAAGCAUAAGUGGGUGAACUGUAACAAAAAGGGAAAAGUAAUUUUAAAAAAUGUUUUUUGUUUAUAUAUAGUUUUUUUUCAAUUAUGUGAACAUCAGUCUGUCAGUAGCAUAUGCCAGUAUGAAAUCUGAACCAAAACACUUUUGUCUCUGGUAAUCAUGGUACUUUUAAUUCAUUUGUGUUUUAAUGGCAUUUGCCUUGCUUUUUAAGUGUCUUGCAUUCAUUGUAUUGUUAUUUUACCAAAAAAAUCUUUAUAUAUAAAAAAUAUAAGAACUGUUAUUAACUGGACAUGAGGGAGGGUGCUGGCCCCAUGUUCAUACCUGACCACCACUCAUUCAUAACCAGGACAAGGGCUGCUCCAUUCCACACAUUUUCUGUGUGGCCUCCCCACAAACUCACCAAGGCAGCCCAGCUACUUGAUGGGUACCUCCUUCUUUCUUGUUUUGAAACAAGGAGACUCUCCAAGGGGUUAGGUGGAGGAUAAAUAAAGCCCAGAGUUGGAACAGAUUUCUCAAAUGUGGUUGUAGCCAAGUUACCCCUACCCCCCACCAUUUACCUGUCACUGGUGUCAAGUCACCGAGCCCAGUAUCCCUGACUGGACUUCCUGUGAGUGGGAAUGCCCUACAUAUUUGAAUGUCUCUACCUAGCUCCUUACCCAAAGGCUGCUACUGAAUAUUGCAGAUGUCUUUAAACUCUGUUCACUGGCUCCCUGGGCAUCCCUCCCACUGAACCGUGUAGCCAUUACCAGUGUAAGAGACUGUUGAUGCAAAUAUGCCUCCGUGGCUUAAAAUAAAUCUCUGUGGAAACCUU